AUGGAUACAACCAACAAGGCCAGCGCCGCCGCCGUCGCCGCUGCAAGCAACGACAACAAAUCUAUAACGGAGUUCCCCCUCAAGACAGGGAUCUCAAUGAAGCGCCGGACCACCAUAAGUCUCGAGAAGCGUACUGAACUGGAUAACACAGUCAAAACGGUCAUGGCGUCAUUGUCGGAAGUAUUCACCUACGCUCGAUGCGCAGUGGCCGAUGGGUGCAGCCAACUGAACAGGGCCAUCGGUUCGAGCAGCGCAUCGCAAACACUGAUACCAGACAUAGCAUGUGCUUUGCCACCGCGCCAGCUAUUCGGACCUCAUGACAAGUUUCAUCUGCUCAGUCUGUCGCAGGCCCGAAAGGCCGUCUACUACUCAGCCAUGUACGAUAUGGUGCGAGCUUCGGAUACCCUCAAGAUAGGUCUAUCCCACAUCCUGCAAGCCAUGCAUUUACGCCCUCCCCUCGAUCCUAACGACAUAAACCCUGAUACUGGCCACCGCCUCCCCGGUCUCGAGGUGCAGAAUCAUAUACUACAACUGGCUGACUGCAUCCGUACCACUGCUGCUAGUCUCCGGGCACUGGUGGCCAGAAUGAGGGAGGAAACAGCAAAACUACGCGCAGUGUACCAGUCGAUAGAAGCUGGAGAACUGAAAGAGUGCAGAGACGCCAGCCACAAACAGCGAAAAGAUAUGGUCGGUGUUCUGAUGGCGAGAUUGUUGAUGAUGAUGAAGAGAGACCCCGAAGACGCCAACGACACUCAAGACAUGGCCCAUGCAGAAGGAGGUCUAUCAUCUGGUGACCGGCUUCGCUUCGAAACAGAGUGGAAACGAAUUACAGCCUGGAUUCUAUGCGAAGUAUUCGAUGUGUUUACUGUUCAUGCCAAUCGGCUCGAUGUGACGCUUGGCUGGCUUGAGAAGGCGGUGCCCGUUUGGUCUGGACGGUAA